CGACUGCAGACAGUUUACAUAAUAAUCUUCUUUAGCGGAAAGAUAACACUCUGUCUGGCGAGCAUUAGCAGACUACUUUGCAUUGAUAGACAAUAACAUUAUUAUCAGGUCCUGUAAUACUCCACAUAGCUGCACUGUAACAUCCGAACAUCUCUUAGGGACUGGAUCUGUGUGGCCCUGUUCCCAUCCUCAGCUCAAAGAAAACACACCCGGCAGCUACAAUAGACUGCAGUGAGGAGGGGUGUCUCACUUUGAUCUUUAAAUACCCUCUAACGGGCACGCUCAUUGGCUUUGAUUUUCUCCCUUUUUCCUCUAAAACCGCUGGGAAAAAAUGCAGACGCUCCCUUGAAUCUCCCCUCAUGUGGGCCUAGUUGCAAUACAGCAGAGAAUACGAGAACACCUAUCCUCUCUUUUUUUUCUCUCUCUCUCUCUCUCUCUCCCUCCAACACCACCAUCUGUCCCUUUCUUCCAUUUCAUGUGCUCAAGCAAUAUCCACACCCCUCUCAUAGCAACAGCACAACGCCGCCGCCCCCUCCCCGCGCCUUGCAGUGGGUUUUUCUUCCCCUGGAUCUACGCCUCGCACCAGGCAGACGGUCCCUUGGCCCUGCCUGACGGUUCAGCGUUCCCCCCUCCCCCACCAGCCGUGCUCCUGUUUCACUCAAAGAUGGCGUCGGCUCUAGAACCCCUGGUCUGUGGCUGCAUUUUUGGGCUUGUUGUUGUCUCCGUUUCGCACGGUUUUGGAACCUUCUCCUCGGCGGCUCGACUGGAAAUUCCGGCUUUGACCGUCUCCGAAGGGCAAUAGGCACAAAGGUGAUCGGUCGCGUCUUCUCCCUGGGGUGAGAUACCUGUCCCGUCCCGGAGCUCAGUCUGCUGGAAGAGUAGAGCGACAUCGAAAGAGAGAGAGAAAGAGUAAAGACGACGUGGAAGCUCGGGGGAUCUUGUGGAAUGUUUUAAUCUUCGGAAAAGGCAAUUACGGCAUUGCCCAUCUCUUCUAUCGUUGAAACGCACACUUUGUGUUUCGGAGACCAUUGUCAUCUUUAACAGCCGGCAUUGGGGAUCAGUCAGUUUGCCAGUAGCAGGAACCUGACUGUACAGGUUUGUAUUCUUGGUGAAUAGUUUUUUUGGGGACAGGCGAAGGUGGGAAACACCUUUUUUUUUUUUUUUUUUUUUUGAAAGCCCUUCUUUUCACCAAGAUCCACUCUAUCCUACAUCGUGUGCUGUGGGAGUCGCUAACUGACCGGCUGCUCCCUCCCCUCCCCUUGCUUCUCGUCAGGGACAUUCACCUGACUGGGAGUGGGAGGUGGGUGGACUGCAUUUUCCGAGGUGGCGAGUUGUCUCAGGCGGUUUGUGCUAUGGUCAGCUGCUCAUUACCGUGCUGCUCAUACUCAGCUUCUGAGGGACUUUCUGUACGAGCCCAGGACAAGGGAUAGUACGCAGAGAGAGCAAAGAGAAAGGGGAGGCGGCGGCGCUACGGCGCAGGCCAGGUGUUUCUUUGGCCUCGCAGUCCUUUUUUUUGUUUUGUUGUUGUUGUUGUUUUUUGUCCGUGGUCAUUGCGGUAAGGCCUCAACGCCCCCGCACCCGCCCAGACGGUAGCCAUGGUAAAACUGGCCAACCCAAUGUACACCCAAUGGAUCCUAGAGGCCAUCAAGAAGGUGAAGAAGCAGAAGCAGCGACCAUCGGAGGAGCGUAUUUGCAAUGCAGUCUCCAUGACCCACAGCCUGGAUCGCAAAACGAUUUUGGAGCAGCUGGAGCUCAGCGUCAAGGAUGGUACCAUCCUAAAGGUCACAAACAAAGGUCUAAACUCCUACAAGGACCCUGAAAAUCCAGGGCGCUUCGCUCUGCCUAAGUCCAAAGGUAGUGGCAGCUCUGAAAGAAGUGGUGGUGGUGGUGGAGGAGGAGGAGGAAGCGGCGGCGGCGGCAGCAGCAGCGGGUGUGGUGUUGGCAGCGGUGGUGUUGGCAGCGGUGGUGGCGGCGGCGGCAGCAGCAGUGGCAGCGGCGGCGGAGGUGGUGGUUCUCACUCCCAUUCUGGGAAGAGGCCGGGACUUGACUGGAACAAGCUGCUGAAACGGGCCCUGGAGGGGCUCCAUGAGCCCGGUGGCUCCAGCUUAAAGAACAUUGAGCGCUUUCUCAAGUGCCAGGCCGAUGUGGCGGGCUACUUGUCCAGCAGCGGCUCUCUGGGGUCCGGCAUCUUCCACCAGCAGCUUAGGGUGGCCCUGAAAAGGGCCGUGGCCCAUGGACGCGUGGCCAAGCAGGGGCCGCUGUUCCAGCUCAUCAGCCGCAGUAGCUGCCUGGACGACGGGACCGGGACGGUGUCUCUGGGAUCACUGCCCCCCGUCCGGUUGUUGCCCCACGAGAAAGACAAGCCGGUGGCGGAGCCCAUCCCCAUCUGCAGCUUCUGCUUGGGCACCAAGGAGCAGAAUCGCGACAAGAGGCCGGAGGAGCUCAUCUCCUGCGCCGACUGUGGCAAUAGUGGCCACCCGUCCUGUCUCAAGUUCUCCCCGGAGCUCACGGCGCGAGUCAAGGCUCUGUGGUGGCAGUGCAUCGAAUGCAAGACUUGCAGCAGCUGUCAGGAUCAAGGGAAGAACGCGGACAACAUGUUGUUCUGUGACUCCUGUGACCGAGGCUUCCACAUGGAGUGCUGCGAUCCCCCCCUCACGCGUAUGCCAAAAGGCAUGUGGAUUUGUCAAAUCUGCCAACCCAGGAAAAAGGGAAGGAGGCUUUUACACGAAAAGGCAGCACAAAUCAAACGGCGCUACAACGCUCCGCUGGGGCGGCCCAAGAACAGGCCGGGCCGGCCCUUCAAGAAGCUGGGUCGGCGGGGUAGGCGAAAGCGCUCGGCCUCGGCCCACUCCUCCUCCAGCUCCUCCUGCGAGGGUUACCCCGGCGACGACCGGCUGCUGUUUUCGAUGCGGGACGACGACGACGACCUGUCACAGGGCAGCAUGCGCCUGAACAACAAGACCAAGGGCCUCAUCGACGCCCUCACAAAGUUCUUCACGCCGUCGCCCGAGGGACGCAAGGCGCGGCAGGAAGUGGUGGACUACUCGCAGCAGUGCCGCAUCCGGAAGAAAGCCAGUCGCAAAGGAGAAGGAGAUGAUCGAGACAAUCAGGAAGGCAGCGACUGGCGCGACGAAGACGAGAAACUGCCCGGCCACGAGAACCUGACGGAAAAAGACAUCGAGCUGUUCAGACACAUCCAGGAGCUGGCACUGCAGAAAGUCGGGGUGACGGGUCCACCGGAUCCUCAGAUGCGCUGUCCCUCUGUCAUUGAAUUUGGCAAGUUUGAAAUCCAGACGUGGUAUUCGUCUCCGUACCCCCAGGAGUACAGCAGACUACCCAAGCUCUACUUGUGUGAGUUCUGCCUUCGCUACAUGAAGAGUCGCAGCAUCCUCUACCAGCACAUGAAGAAGUGCAACUGGUUCCACCCCCCUGCUAACGAGAUCUACAGGAAGGAAGAUGUCUCGGUUUAUGAGGUGGACGGGAACGUGAGCACAAUCUACUGUCAGAACCUGUGUCUGCUGGCCAAGCUCUUCCUGGACCACAAGACCCUCUACUACGACGUGGAGCCCUUCCUGUUCUACGUCCUGACCCAGAACGACAACAAAGGGUGCCACCUUGUUGGCUACUUCUCCAAGGAGAAGCACUGUCAACAGAAAUACAACGUGUCAUGCAUCAUGAUUCUUCCGCAGUACCAGCGCCGGGGCUACGGCCGCUUCCUCAUCGACUUCAGCUACCUAUUGUCCAAGCGCGAGGGCCAGCCCGGAUCUCCAGAGAAGCCCCUGUCCGACCUGGGUCGACUAUCCUACAUGGCCUACUGGCGCAGCGUGGUGCUGGAGUGUCUCCAUGACGUCCGCGACCGACAGAUCACCAUACGAACGCUAAGCAAACUGACCGGGAUCUGCCCGCAGGACAUCACCACCUCCCUGCACAGUCUCAACAUGCUGGAUCAGCGAGGAGAAAGGCUGGUCCUGGUGCGUAGGGAGAAGCUGGUGUCCAACCACAUGACUCGUCUCAAGGCCCGGCCCCGGCAACUGGACGUCGACCCCGACUGUCUGCGCUGGGCUCCAGUCAUCGUAACCAACACUGUGGUCUCUGAAGGCGAUGAUGACGAUGACGAGGAGGAUGACGAACCAGAGGAACACGUCCGCAAGGAGAUCAAACCAAGUCACAAGGUCCCAGCCAUGUCCUGGCACCGGCGGCAGGGGAAGAAGAGGGACGAGGAGGAGGACGAGGAGGAUGAUGAUGAUGAUGAGGAAGAAGAGGAAAGAAAGUGCUUCCUGGGGUUUCCCAUGAACCAAAGUACCCCGGCUUCCCCUCCCAUCCGCUGUCCACCCUCUGCCCCGGGGCCACCGCGCCCGCCUCCCCCGACAAAUGGGGAACGCAGGCCGCGGGGGCGCCCACCCAAAAACUGGCCCUGGGGCAAGGUGAAAGACAGGCCGCGGGUCGGCCGGCCGCCGAAGAUCCGCCCGGUGGAGGGCGAGGGUGACAAAGACGACGGGAGGACAGAGGGAGGUAAAACCACAGGCUCCGCCACCGGCCCCCCCUCCCUUUUCUCCAUGGACAGACGAGCGGAAUCCACGGCCUUUCACCCGCUGGACAUGGGCAGACACCCCACCAUAGUUCCCACGCGAAGAGGGCGGCCCCCGAGGAAAAAGAGAGGCCCAAAGCCCAGAUCGAUGGACGGCCUCGGGGUGGGGCUGGCCCAGCCUAUGGCUAUGGUUUCCAGGUUGACCGAGUCGCUUCCUAUGCGGAAGAGCUGCUUCAGUGAAAGCAGUGACGAGGAGGAGGAGGAGGAUGACGACGACGACGAUGAGGAUGAUGAUGAUGAUGAGAGGAGGGCGGGCUCCCCACCCGUCCUCACCAAGCCUGCCUUGGGGCUCAAAUGCAAGAAGCCUCUGAGAAAGCGGCGCUUUCGUCAGCGCAGCCACCCUCACAGCAGCGUGGUGACAGAGACGAUCUCCGAAACCACAGAGGUGCUGGACGAGCCUUUCGUCGACUCUGACUCUGAGAGGCCCAUGCCCCGGCUGGAGGAGGAGACGCCCCUGGGCCACCCUCUGCACCGCUACCCACCAGCCCGCUCUGUCAUGAGGCUGUCUGACCCCGCACCUAAAAGGACCCGGCACUCCAACCUCACCGAUUCCGAGGAAGACGAGCGAACGCCUAUGCUGAAGCCCGUGGCUGCUCUGCCAGCAGCUCCACCGGGGACCCAGGCGGACAACCCCGAGGUCCCAGUCAAGAAGAAGAAAGGCUGGCCCAAGGGAAAGAGCCGCAAACCCCUGCACUGGAAGAAACGAGGCCCCGGGAAGCCACCCGGCAGCGGAGCAGCUGCUGACAGCCAGGCCCAAGGUGGGGAUCCGCCACCCCCCAAAAUCAAGAUGAAGCCCGGCCGCAAGCCCCGGGGUUGGCACGAGCAGCGGGCCCGGGAGGAGGCCGAGCGGCAAAGGCAGGCGGGGCAGCAGGUGGACAAAGAUCCUCAGCCGCUCCAGACGGACGACCGCAGCAGCAAGCGCGUCUGCAGGACCAACGCCGACCGAGACGCCAAGCCGAAGGACUCGGAGGAGGACGACGACGACUAUCGGCCCAAACCCGUCGAGCAGAAGCUGCCCAAGAGGCCGAGAGGGAGACCGCCCAAGAACCGCGCCCUGCGGCCGCCGCCCCCACCGCCCGCCCCUAAACCUCCUCCUGCCUCCGAGCCAGAGGAGGAAGAGGAGGAGGAGGAGGAGGAAGAGGAGGCUGUGAAGGCCUGGAAGGAGGACAAACCCAGCCGUCCGCCACCCCGCGCCCUGCUGUCCCCCUCGUCUUUGUCGGGGCUCCGGGCCCCACAGUCCCGGCCUCAGGAGACGGACGUGGGUAACAGGGAAGAGGAUGAUGACGACGAAGAUAGGGGGGACGAGGAAUGCGGCCGAGUGGUCAGCGGCGGCGGAACCAUCAACAGGCGAGCGGCCGUUCCGCCGGGUUCAGGAAGCAGGCGCAGCGAAGACCACGACGCAGACGACGAGGGGGACGGACACUUGGAGGACAAGAGCAACGGCAGCAGCAGCAACAACAACAACAGUAAGAAGAGAAAAGGUCAGGACUCGGAGGAAGAAGAUGAUGACGACGAAGAGGACGAGGAGCCCGCCUCCCGUGCCAGCUCUCCUCCGGUCAAAGAGGAACCCCAAGGUGGAGAGGCUUUUUUAGACAUGGAGAACAGCGUGGCCCGAGAGUAUGUCAGCAAGCAGGAGGAGGAGGAAGAGGAGGAGGAGGAAGAAGAGGAGGAGGAGGAGGCUGAGGAGGAGGAGGACACGACAACGACUACAACGACAACGCAGGAACCCAAGUGUCACCUCCCCUCGGCCGACCCCCGGCAGGAGGAGAGGCGCCGCCGAGAGCAGGAGGAGUCGGCGGCGGCGGCUGCGGCGGUGGAAACCGUCACGCUGUCGGCUCCCUCUGAGCCCAUGGAGCUCCAGUCCCUGCACCCGGACGACAAGGACAUCACGCUGCUGAUGGAGCCCCAGCACCCGCAUCCGCACUCCCACCCCGGCCAGCAUGCCGACUUCAAGGAGGAGCUGGCCCACCAUCACCCGCACCACGCCCACCACCACUCCAACGAGCUGGACCUGGAGACCAUGCAGGCCGUCCAGUCCCUGACCCAGGGGGAGGCCCAGGACGAGGAGGCCGAGCCCCAGCCGCACCACGGCGCCUACCAGGACUGCGAGGAGACCCUGGCCGCCUGCCGCACCCUGCAGAGCUACAGCCACACGGGCGAGGACGAGGCUCUGGCCUUGGCGGAGGAGUGCGGCGCCUCGCAGCACAGCAGCCCCCUCCCUAAUCCCACGGUGCCGCCCCUCCCCAGCCAAUCGGUGCGCUCGGUGAACAGUCCCGGGUUGCCCUCGGGCAUCAUGGACACGACGGCUGCGGGGCAGAGGGGCGCCACGCCUGGCCCCACUGGGGCAGCGGGAGGUGGCGGAGGAACCGGCGGCAGCUACACCCAGAUCACGCCGGAACACCCCGGCUCUCUUUCCGCCCCCUCGCAGCAGAACAUGGAGACGUCGCCCAUGAUGGACGUGCCGUCCGUGUCCGACCACUCGCAGCAGGUGGUGGACAGCGGCUUCAGUGACCUCGGCAGCAUAGAGAGCACAACGGAGAACUACGACAACCCCAGCAGCUACGACUCCACCAUGGGCGGAGGCGGGGGCACCGGGAACAGAGGGGGAGACCACGCGGGGGCGACCACAGCCUCUUCCUCCUCCUCCUCCUCCUCCUCCUCGAGCUCGGCCACCCCGUCCUCGCAGUCCAACAGCUGCUCCUUUGUGCCGGCCCCCAGCCUCACGUCCUCGGCGGGAAUGGGCAGCUGCAGCCUCAUCCAGCAAACGGGUCCGGGGCCCAACAGCGGACCGGGUGCCAGUAAUGUCGGCGGCGCUGUGGCUCCGCCUCCCCCGCCGCCGCCGUCUAACACCCCCGGCUGUGGCAUUAAGUCUCCUCAGAGCUGUGUAGUAAUCGAGAGGCCUCCCAGCACCAACCAGCAGCAGCAGCAGCAGUCCCAAAAAAAGGUUUCUCAGCAGCAACAGGCCCCCAACCCUCAGCCUCCCCCAUCAGCACAACAACAACAACAGCAGCAGCAGCAACAGCAGCAGCAACAACAACAACAACAACAGCAGCAGCAGCAGCAGCAGCAACAACAACAACGGCAGCAGCAGGCCCUGUCCCAGUGUAGCAUGGGCAAUGGCUUCGCCUCCACACCCAUGAUAAUGGAGAUCCCCGAGAGUGGGGGAGGGGGCCGCCACAUGUACGACCGCAUGGGCCAGGACUUUGGCACGGGCUACCCUCAGCCCUCGGCGACCUUCAGCCUGGCCAAGCUGCAGCAGCUCACCAACACCAUCAUGGAACCCCACGCCAUGCCCUACUCGCCUUCGGCCUCGGUCGCCUCCUACGCCACCAGUGUUUCGCUCUCCAACCCCGGGCUGGCCCCGUCGCCCCACACCUCCCUCGCUCAGGGCCAGCCCACCAUGACCCCGCCCCCCAACCUCAGCUCGGGCUCCAUGAACCUGGGCUCCCUGCAGCUGCAGUGCAACAUGCCCACCGCCAACAUCGGCCUGGGACCCCCGCCGCACACCAAGCGGCUACAGGGCCAGAUGGCUACAGUCCAAAGCCAUAUUGCCAUCCGGUCCAAAGCCACGCAGCAGCUGGCCCCGGCGCCGCACCAGCAGCAGCUCUACGGCCGCAGCUCGGGGGCCGUGUCCAUGCAGGGCACGUCGCGCACCCUGACCGUGCAGCGCGGCAUGAUGCCCAACCUCAUGCCCACGCCGGCGUCGUACAACUCCAUGAACAUGACCCCCCUCAACGCCAUGUCAGCCGGUUACAGAAUGCCCCAGCCCAUGAUGAACAGUGGUUACCACGGCAAUCCCCCGUACAUGAAUCAGCCGGCUCAGUACCCCAUGCAGAUGCAGAUGGGCAUGAUGGGAGGGCAGGGUUACCCGCAGCAGCCUAUGCAGCCCAAUCACCAUGGCAACAUGAUGUACACCGGCCCCUCCCAUCACAGCUACACCGGCGUCACGAAGCAGCCCCCUUACAUGAGCAGAUGAGGAGCCAAGGAACCGCAAACGGGGCCACGAGGCCGGAGCUGAUUCUCGCUGUCCUCUGAAUGUCCACAACCCCCCCCCCCCGAUCACCCUCACCGGCGCCACGGCGGGCGCCAGGGGGUCGGAGACGGAGAGAGGGUCUUUGGGUUUCCUGUUGUUCUGUGUUGUCAUUUAGUCCUUUUUUAUUUAAUUUUUCAAUCUGCUGCCCGCCCACCUGGUUGUGCACAGGAACAAGUGGGGCGCCGGGUUCGGCGCCGUGCUCCUCCGGGCCAGGCCUGCGCGGCCCUCUCUAAUGUGAUUUAUUUUUUUAUUUUUUUGACACGGGUCCAGGAGGCUCCCUGUCCUCAUGAGAGGACGGGACAGGAACGAGGACGAAGACACACAGAGAAGGACGACACGGGGAGCGGCUGGCUUUCGCUUUACUGCGAUCGAAAAGCAGCGGUUAGCUGGAUAUAUUCAACCAUGCACACAAUCUUUUAAUUGACAUAGGAAGCCUUGCCUUGAAAAAAGAGACGAUGAAUCCAUUGAGGGCGGACGAUUGUUUUGUUAAACAUACUGUUUAUUUUUUAUUUUUCAUGGUUUUGAGAUACUUGUGUGCACUCCGACCUCUUAUAUGCUUUGGUCUUUAUAUGUGCGGCCUUCUGACUCUGUCAGAAAUACCCAAACAUCCCUGUGGCUUUUCACUCCGUUCCAGAGGAAUCAGAGGGAGGGGGGGGGGAGACGACCAGUCUCCGUCUCCCCGAAGGGACGUCGUACCAAAAACAGCAAAGACACGGAAGGGACAAGCUGUCUGUUCAAUGUCCAUCAACAAAACAAGUAGCAUUAUUUUAUUUUUUGCCACCACUCUGAAAAAAAAUGCUUUGGAUGUAAAUAUUCUGGUACUUCCCGAUAUCGAGCGUGCGCACACACACACACACACACACACACACACAGACGCCAGCUAGUUGUCGCCCAACGGCGGGCGGCUAGCUGCGGAAAGAACAACGCUACGCUGCUCUUGUCCACACUCCACUGACGGACGGUGCACUAAGUCAGCCUUUUUUUUUUCAUUUCUUUUUUCCCCCUCUUUUUGUAAUUGCAGUUUGGGGAAUGCGGAACAAACGGUGCCAUUUCCAUCUAACUGCUGUUAAGGAAAGUCGGUUAACUACAGCAGACCCCUCUUAAGUGUUAGCGACCGAGAGCGGUCCAGGAGUCGGCCUUCGUACGGGGGUAUUCUGUCAUGACUGUAUUUCUUCUGGGUUUUUUUUAAUUUUUUUUAAUUUAAUUAAAUUUUUCCCUGCAAAAUUCUGCACUUCCAAUUGGCUGGAGAAUAAGGCGGUAGACAGUUAUCCUUUGUAAAAGGUGCGCCUAAAUGCCUGAUCUAGCGCUCACAUGAGGGGGAGGGACAAGGG